CAGCAAAGGGACAAAAUCCGAGAAUGUGGUGGAAUCGCAUGACUCCUGCUAUUCGAGCUGCUCGGAAGAAUCCCAUAGCUCGUUAUCGCAGGAACCAUCGAAUGGUAUUAUGAAGGAAACUGUAAAAUUGAGCGUGACUGAUAAAGAAUCAAGUACGGCAGAUAGUAUAAUUGAGCAGCAACAUCUUAUUCUCCAAAAUAUCGAUUUUGCGACACGACUCGGAUAUUCUAAGGAGCAAUUAGAAAUAGUUCUUGGAAAACUCGGAAUGAAUGCCAGACAGGAUCAGAUACUUGAUGAGCUGAUUAAGCUUGGACCUGGAAUGAUGGAUCGAGGUUCGAAAGUGAUUGAAAGUAAGUCAUCAAGCACACCUACCACAGAACUUCGCAGUAUCGUUAUCGAUGGUUCCAAUAUCGCUAUGACAUAUGGCCGCAAGGAAGUAUUUUCUUGUCGUGGUAUACGUGAAUGUGUGCAAUUUUUUCGCAAUCGUGGCCAUACGGAUAUAAUUGUUUUCGUUCCGCAAUUUCGACGUGAAACACCUCGUUCAGAUUGUCCAAUCACCGAUCAGUAUAUACUGUUUGAAUUAGAAAAAGAAAAUGUCCUGGUAUGGACACCAUCGCGUCACAUUAAUGGACGACGAAUUGUGUGUCAUGAUGACCGAUAUAUCCUGAAAACAGCAGAAGAAAAGAAUGCGGUAGUAGUAAGUAAUGACGAGUAUAGAGAUUUAAUCAAAGAAAACCCACAGUAUCGUACAUUAGUCGAUGAAAGGCUUUUAAUGUAUUCAUUCGUUGAUGGAAGGUUCAUGCCACCCGAUGAUCCACUUGGAAGACAUGGACCAAAUUUAGCACAAUUUUUGACAAAGGGAAAUCGACAAUCUCAGUCUCAAGUUUGUCCAUAUGCACGGAGAUGCACUUACGGGAAUAAAUGCAAAUAUUAUCAUCCGGAAAGACCGAACGGUAUUCAUAUCAGUGUUACGGAUCGAUUGAUGAAAGAAAAACAACGAAGACAAUUUCAUUCUACCUACAUAUCUCAUCAGCCAGUGGUAAUUCCUCAUGAACAUUUGGAUCAUCCAGAAGUUGCUCGAACGCAAAACUUAAAUACAUCAACUUCGGAGCAAAUGAUUAUAUAUGACGAUGAUAAGAAUCCACCAUUGUCACUAGAUUGGACUCAUCAAAUUCGAGAUCAGCAGUGCUCCACCUUAUCAAAUCAUUUACCGAAAGUGAUGAAUUCAAAGCCUUCCUUACCUUUAACGCCUAUAAUGAGAUAUAAUCCAGCUGCAACAAAUGUUACUCCUUACUGUCAUAAUCGAACCGCAACACCUCCCGUAUAUCAUCUCUCCUAUCCGUAUAUCGGUUUACCUUAUCCUAAUGGCAAAGAAUCAUGUUCCGAUUCAUGUGAUGGUUUAUCGUCACCGCAGUGUUUUAUUCCAAAUUCGGGUACCUCAAGCAAUGCAUAUAGAAUGCAAACUAUCAGAUCUUCACAUUUGCUUGCCCCAUCGACAGCUAUUUGGAAAGAAUCGAAAUUGAGAUCACCAUCUGAACCAACUUAUCUAACGAUAAUAAACGAACGGCACCGGUUACAAAAUAUAUUAUGUCAGUUGUUCCCGGAAAAAAUCGUCUCAACCGUAAUGGAAGCAUUUCCAAAUGAAAACAACCCGCAAGAACUUUGUCCACGAAUCAUAGCAGAACUUCAAAAAGAUCAUAAUAAUGCAUAA